AUGUCGCUUUCCCAAAGAGUUACUUCUUUCGAAUCUCUAUCGCCGGAAAGAGGUAGAUCGCCCGCCGCAACCCAGCGCAGGAAAUUGAGCUUUAGUCCCUUGCCUGGAAAUUGGGGGGAUGAAAUCGAGCAGCAGCAACAUGUUGUGGAGGAGAUAGAAACGGUGGCGGCGUUUGAGGUCUCAAAAGGGAAGCGAAUGUUACAGGUUGCAAUUGCAGUAGUUUAUUGCCUCCUCGCCGCCGGUAUCGUCUUCGGUUACGCAGCCCUCAAACCCGUCCUUAUCCGCGAAGGAGUAUAUCGAGAAUAUUGUACGGAAGAUGAAUUGAAAGAACGAGUACGAACUUGUUUUGAGCAAGAGAUUCGUUUGAACUUGAUGUUCACUGUCGCUGCGGUUGGCACAAACGUUGCAGCUUUGCCAAUUGGUUCUAUUCUGGAUAAUUAUGGCCCUAGAGUCGCCGGUAUAAUAGGAAGCAUUUUUUUGGCGAUCGGUACUGUGCUUUUUGCUUUUGCUGGGGAAUUGCCUUUCGAUGGCUUCAUUCCUGGAUAUUUGUUGUUGGCCCUUGGAGGGGCGUUCUUCUUGAUCACCUCCUACCAGCUUUCGAAUACCUUUCCCAAACAUUCCGGCUUGAUCUUGGCUCUGUUGACCGGUGCAUUCGACACCUCUAGUGCACUUUUCCUUGCAUAUCGGAUUAUAUACCAAUGGAGUGAUGGCACUUUCCAUAUCAAACAAUUCUUUCUCAUUUACCUAUUCGUUCCGGCUUUUAUCCUUGUCGCACAAAUAUUUGUCAUGCCUUCGCAAUCGUACAAGACCGUAGGCGAAAUGGUUCAACAAGUCGAGGACGACGAUGUAUUCGAUGAUCAGAUGGACGAAACCACGGCUCUCCUUCGCGAAGAGCGUCGCCAGCGUCGUGAAUCGGUCGUUUCAGAAAUAACCGAACUUUUGGGCACCAAACCGGGCAGUAAGCAAGUCAAACAGGAAGAACGCAAGAACAAAAUCUCUGGGGUGUAUGGAGUGUUACAUGGCAAGACUGUCGUACAACAAAUCUUAUCUCCAUGGUUCGUCCUUAUCACACUAUUUACCGUUAUCCAAAUGACGCGAAUUAAUUUCUUCGUCGCCACCAUCCGCCCACAAUACGAGUACCUCCUUCAUUCCUACGACAAAGCCGUUGAAGUCAACACCUUCUUUGACCUGGCUCUCCCAUUAGGAGGUGUCCUCUCCAUUCCCUUCAUCGGUGUAUUUCUCGACAACAUGAGUACCCCAUUUGUGCUCGCCUCCCUCGUGACCAUCGCUACCACCAUUGGCGUCCUUGGCAUGCUUCCCUUUUACUGGGCCGCAUAUUCCAAUAUUUGUCUUUUCGUCCUCUACCGUCCGUUCUACUAUACCGCCGUAUCCGAUUAUUCAGCAAAGGUCUUCGGAUUCCGCACUUUUGGCACGGUAUACGGUUUGAUCAUCUGUUUAGCGGGCCUACUCAAUUUUAGUCAGAGCGGAUUAGACGCAUUACUCCACAAAGUUUUCAACGGGAAUCCAGUCCCCAUCAACGCGAUGCUAAUGGGCUCAGCAUUGGUAGUAGGAAUUAUCCUUUGUGUAUUUGUAGCAUGGAAAGCAUAUACGAUCAAGAGAGAUGGGUUGGAAAUUGAAGCCGAACAGGCAACCGAGGUAAUGAUGCCUGGUGCUCAGAGCCCAGAAAGAUUAUAG